UGGACCGCUCGCUCUGGCUGGUGGAGCGGAUGGAGGGAAUUGGGUUUGUGUGUAGUUCUGCUGCGACGACGACGAGGACGGCGACGGCGACGAAGAGGAUGCCGACAGCGGCGGGGAUGAAGGCAGAAGCGGCGCCGCGGAAGACGGUGCUGGUGACUGGGGUGAGCCGCGGCCUCGGCAGGGCGCUUUCCCUCGAGUUGGCCAGGCGCGGCCACGCCGUCAUUGGCUGCGCCCGCUCCCCUGACAAGGUCCAAGCUCUCCAACACGAGCUGAUGGCCGUGUCCCCUGACGCUUCUUCCUCCUCCUCCUCUUCUGCUUCCCCUCCGUCCAAGCACCUCAUCAUCGAUCUUGACGUGAGGUCGGAUAGUGGAGUCCAGGCGUUGGCUAAGCUUCUCAUGGAGACAAAACGGUUUCCUGAUAUUAUAGUAAAUAAUGCAGGCACCAUAAAUAAGAACAACAAGAUAUGGGAAGUUCCAGCAGAAGAAUUUGAUAUGGUCAUGGAUACCAAUGUCAAAGGAAUAUCAAAUAUUAUACGUCACUUUUUACCCCUUAUGAUACAAAGAAAGCACGGCACCAUCGUGAACAUGUCCUCUGGUUGGGGAAGGUCUGCAGCUGCUGAGGUUGCACCCUACUGUGCUUCAAAGUGGGCAGUCGAGGGUUUGACAAAGUCUGUCGCAAAGGAAUUGCCACCAGGGCUUGCAAUUGUUGCUCUUAGUCCUGGUGUGGUAAACACUGACAUGCUUGCCUCAUGCUUUGGAAGUUCUGCUUCUCUUUAUCAAACUCCUGAAACAUGGGCUCCUAAUGCUGCUACAAUGAUACUCAACCUCACGACGGAAGAUAACGGCGCGUCACUGACCGUGUGAAGCUUUCGGUGCUUGAUCAGUCUAACCAUUUGGAAUGAUGCUAUCGGUGUCAAACUAGUUCGCUCGGUGUAGCCUUUUAGGAUACUUUUUACUGCCUUUAUUACAUAUGAAUUUAGGAGAUCCCUAAAAUUAUGAGUAUGCACUCGAGUCCGAACUAGCUUUUCUUUUCCGGUCAAUUCGCAAAGAUGUGCUCUUGAUGCAAACAAGUUUGAAAAAUAAGUGCUUGUAAUCCUCUUGUUAAACAAGGCCGUCUUUUGUGGUUUUGUGGCCUUAA